AUGUCGCCGGCAGAGCACGCUGGAUCGCCAGGGCGACAGCAGCAGCUCACAACAAACAAUGGGCGUGACCAGCUGGCGAGCUCCUUCAACCAGCUCUCGCUCGCAUCACCAGGUGCUCCGAAUCGGUCUUCCCCCUCGCGAACGCCGUCCCAAUCGUAUCGUUCCCUUGAUAGAAUCCAACCACCGCGCUAUGAAUCGUCCUCGUAUCGACCCCCCGUGCCUCGACGAACACCAAGCAUAAACUCUCUGAGAGACGAGAGGCGGGCGUCGACUCCCUCUUUAAAGAAACGAUUAUCUACCGCUUCUCUACGCUCCGUUCAGAACUCAAACGGUGUUGGCUCUCCGCGCGCGAGCACCUCCAGGCGAGCUUCCUCCCAAUUCCUCACCCCUUCGAGAACAAUGAUGCGACCCGGUUCGCCUUCGAUGUCGGAAUGUCCGUCGCCCCCUCCUCCCCUCACUGCCGCGUCAGUCGCUGCGGAUCAUUUCGCGAAAGAACUUGCGCUCCAUCAGUCUACAAAUCUACAGUCGAGAGCCGUCGUGGUACUCCAGGAUUCGUGCUUCGGACAUAGGUAUUCACGCCCAAGGACUUCCAAGGUGGGAUUGGAGUCUAUAGUUGAGCGGCCAGAGCGGCUACACGCUGCAAUUUUGGGGUUGGCAGCUGCAUAUGUUCGGAUGGGGAAGCGAUGGGGCCAUCACCGGUUUGCGCCGCACCCUGAUCUCGAUUUAAGUCGGUUGCCAGUGCCGCCCUUUCAAAUUCGCAAGACGACACGAACUAUGCCGUUGAACUCUCCCGCAGUUACCCAUGUGCACGGAGUCAAGUGGAUGGCGGAAUUGAAAACGAUGUGUGAUGCGGCAGAAUCUCGCUUGGCAGCGGGUGGGAAGGAGCUUGUCCGCCCGACCAGCUCAGGGAGCGAUGCCUCCCGUUCCGCCUCUAAAUUGCAUGAGGGUGAUUUAUACUUAUGUCCAGAGUCUUUAAACGCCUUUGAAGGGGCAUUAGGAGGCGUAUGUGAAGCCGUCGAUGCUGUUUUCGAAAACGACGCAACACGGCGCGCGUUCGUCUGUGUUCGUCCACCGGGCCACCAUUGUUCUUCGGAUUAUCCUUCUGGAUUUUGCUGGUUGAAUAAUGUGCAUGUCGGUAUUGCCCACGCUUCGAUGACCCACGGCCUAACGCACGCUGCAAUCAUUGACUUUGAUCUGCAUCACGGUGAUGGAUCCCAGACCAUUGCCUGGGAGCAGAACCAGAAAGCAAUAUCGGGACAUAGAAAUGCCCUGCCACAUCAAAAAGUCAAAAUCGGCUAUUUUAGUUUGCAUGAUAUCAACUCAUACCCUUGUGAAAGUGGUGAUGAAGAGAAAGUCAUGAACGCCAGCGUCUGCAUUGACAAUGCUCACGGCCAAUCCGUCUGGAAUGUGCACCUUGAAUCAUGGAACGAUGCUACGGAGUUUUGGCAGUUGUAUAAUACGAAGUACACGGUUCUUCUGGACAAGGCUCGUGGCUUUUUGCGAUCGCAGGCUCAGCAAAUAAGUGCUUCGACAAGUUAUGUCCGACCAAAGGCUGCGAUUUUCAUCUCCGCAGGGUUCGACGCCAGUGAAUGGGAAGGUGUUGGCAUGCAAAGGCAUCAAGUCAAUGUCCCUACAGAUUUCUACGCUAAAUUUACGUUAGAUAUCAUCCGACUCGCCGAGGAAGAGGAUCUAGCAGUGGACGGGAGAGUCAUUAGUGUUCUCGAAGGCGGAUAUAGUGACCGGGCACUAACUAGUGGAGUUUUCAGCCAUAUUUCAGCUCUUGCAGUUACGCAAAACUCGGUUGACCACACAGAAAAUAAUAGCCGCCUAAUAUCUGAGAUGUUCAAUCGCCUUGAUCUUGAGGAUCAGAGUGGACAGGGCUCAAGCUCUGGGUUGACUGAGGAGCCUGUAGCCUUCGACACGACGUGGUGGAGCGUCCCGAUGCUGGAAGAGUUGGAAGCGAUUUCCCAGCGCCCGCCUCCGCCACCUAUUCGCAAGUCUCGCGAUAAGGGACAGCCAAAUUUCUUAGCACAUACCCAAGCGUCGGCGGCGAAAGCAGUUGCGCCGGUCAAGGAUCGGGGAGCUCUGUUCUCUCACGAUGGUACUCCAGACGAACCUUACUCGGUUCCCGAAGCCGAUUGGGCAUUGGCAACGGUUGAAUUAUCCAAAGCCAUUAUACCCACUGACCGGCAGACUUUAAGCCUGAAGUAUGCCGAUUUAAAGGGGGAAAAUGGCCGUACUAAACGAGAACGCCAUUCACUGACAAGCUCUACCGAACUCGAAAGUGUUUCCGAACGCGGUCACAUGCAACUUCGGGAAAGAAAGCCCAAAGCAUCAGUAUUCCCAGAGUUGCAACCUGGAAAUUCUAGACCGGCCCGCAGCACUCGCCGGACUACUAUAGCAUCAUCUAGCGACUUACCCGAUCCCACCCUUCUCGAAACACCAAUUGAAGCUCUUGAGGAAGCUCAGGUGCCACCUCCACCACUUUCCCGAAAGCUCAGUGUAACCUCGAGCGCGGUCAGUGCGACAUCUAAAGACAGCACCACCCGAAAGCCUCGCGAGGCUCCAAAUCGCCCUGUUAGCAGAACACAAGCCCCAACCUCGAGGCCUGCAACAUCUCUGGUUUUGAAUGUCCCGAAGCAAAGGGCGGCUACGUCGGGUAGAACACCAGGAAAAAAUGGGCGGUCCCUUUCAAAAAGGGCACCUCCGCCAGAUGAAAAGCUUGAUAAUGCUAUCGAAAGCCCUAGCUCCACCCGUGCAAUCUCCCUGAAUGAAGGCAUUGACACCAUUUCGAGCGGCGUGAGGAAAAUACAACUUAGGCUGAAGGUCCCUACCCCUGAAGAGCAUGCUGCUCGAGAGGCAGCAAGAAUUGCAGAAGAACGGAGUAGGGCCGCAAGUAGACCGCCAAAGAAGAGUUCUGUGGCACGAGCACAAAAACAAUACCCAGGCAAGCCAGCGGCAAAGUCUUCCCGUACGAUGACACCUGCAGCGGCUUCAAAGGUUGAGUUGAAGCCUGUUACUAUCGAUCCACCGACAAUCCCUCUCCCGGCGGAGUCUAACCCGAUUUCGCCGACUGAGAUAUUGGUCUCAAAUACUGCUCUAAGCCCUGAAGAGCAGCGAGGCACCAACAACCAGUCUUUUCCUUCUCCGCCUCUAACACCACUUUCACCAUUUACCCAACCGCAAAAGACGGUUCAAUCAGCUCCCCCAACGACUUACACUAAGGAAAGCCUUCCCGUUUUCACUUCAACUUCUGCCAUCCCAUUUGGCCCUCCACCCGUCAAGGAUUCUGGUUCAUAUUAG